AACACUAUGGGCAGCUUCGUGUGCUCGUGUGAGGAGGGCUACAAACUGAUGGCGGACCGCAUCAGCUGCACGCCGAUAUCGACCGUGGCGGCGACGCUGAUCUUCACGAACCGGUACUACAUCCGGCAAGCGGCGCUGGAGGGCGGCGCGUCGUGGCUGCUGGCGCACAACCUCAGCAACGCGGUCGCGCUGGACGCCUGGUGGCGCGCGCGCUGCCUGCUGUGGAGCGACGUCACGCGCGCCGGCUCCUGCGUGCGCCGCCACUGCCGCGCGCACUGGCGCGACGCCACGCCCGCCGGCGACUUCCAGAUGCUGCACGGCGCCACGCUGCAGAACCCCGACGGGUUGGCCGUGGACUGGGUCGGCGAGAACCUCUACUGGUGCGACAAGGGAACUGAUACGAUCGAAGUAUCGCGUCUGGACGGCGCGCACCGGCGCGUGUUACUGCGCGGCGGGCUGCAGGAGCCGCGUGCGCUCGCGCUGCACCCGGCGCAAGGCACGCUGUACUGGUCGGACUGGGGCGGCGCGGCGCACAUCGGGCGCGCCGGCUUGGACGGCAGCGCGCGACGGAUCCUGCUGGCCGGGCUGGGCUGGCCCAACGCGCUCACGGUGUCGCCGGCUUCCAAGGAGCUGUACUUCGCGGAUGCACGCGAGGACUACAUCGCCGUCGCUGAUCUUGACGGCAAUAAUGUGCGCGUGCUGCUCUCUCGUGAGCGCAUGCCGUGGCUGCGGCUGCACCACGUGUUCGCGGUGGCGGCGUGGGCGGGCCGCGUGUACUGGAGCGACUGGGAGACGCGCUCGCUCGAGAGCUGCCGCCGUCGCCGCCUGCCGCCGCGCCUCUACCAGACGGGCAACGUGUCGCUGGGCGCUGCGCUGGAGCGCGGCGGCGCGCACGACUGCCGCACGCUGCUGUCCACCGUGCACAAGCCCAUGGACCUGCGCGUGCUGCACCCCGCGCGCCAGCCGCCCAUGCCCGAGCUGUCAGCGCUGUGUGCAUCUCUGAACUGCUCCGGACUAUGCCUGCUGACACCCGCCGAGGAGGGCGGCGCGGCGGGCGCGCGCUGCGAGUGCCCCGAGCACUUCGUGCUAAGACCCGACGGGCGCACGUGCGCGCCCAACUGCACCGAGGCGCAGUUCGUCUGCGCCACCACGCUCAAGUGCAUCCCCUUCUGGUGGCGCUGCGACACGCAGGACGACUGCGGCGACGGGUCGGACGAGCCGGCGUCGUGUCCCACGUUCCGCUGCGCGCCCGGCCAGUUCCAGUGCGGCUCCGCGCACGCCAGCCUCGACGCGCCCGGUGCUGCCACCACCACCGCCGGGCCCGCGCCCGCUUGCCUGCACCCUGCGCACAUCUGCGACGGAGUCACGCACUGCGCUGACGGCAGCGAUGAGAGGGAUUGCGACGCGGGCUUAUGGCAUAAAAUAUCUGCCUGCCUGCACCCCGCGCACAUCUGCGACGGGGUCACGCACUGCGCUGACGGCAGCGAUGAGAGGGACUGCGACGCGGUGAGACACGAGUGA